AUGUCGACCCAAAUACCACUUCGCAGCGUCCGGAUACCUGCGCUGCAGCGACAGUGCCUUUUUCUGCGCCAUCAACGCCUCAAUCGACCUUUUGCGGCCGCUGCCUCUCGCGCAUUUUCCUCGACACCCUCUCAGGCGGCCAAAAAAUCUUUUCAGAUCGGGAACCCAAAUGAGUUUCGGGCAGCUGCAAGAAGCCAAGUAGGGCGGACGCCUGGAGCCGAUUUGCAGAGAAUGCAACAAAUUGAGGAGGCUUUGGUUGAGGACAUUGGAAUCUUGCAGGGAACAAUUGUGAGGGCGCCAGUGAGCAAGCUCCCGAAAAUCACAACGAAGGCAUUUUGGGAAUAUUACUGGGCAUUGCUUAAGUCGAAGGGCACGUCCCUCUGGUCGAGAUCGGUCCAUCGGAGAAUGAUACAGAAAGUGCACCUGUCGAGAUUUCUGCCCGUAGAUUUCUUCAAGAACGAGGAACUGAAAGGACGCGCAAAGAACAUGUACACGCACAUGUACACGAAAUUUGCCGAAGGCGACCACGAAGCGCUACAGAAGAUCUGUCUCCCGCCCCUCGCCCGGCAGUUUCAAGACCGCAUUACGGCACGAGGCAAUUUGAAAGUCACAUGGAAACUUCACGAGUGGAAGUCAGUCAAGAUAGUCUCCCAUCGCUCCGCCGCGCUUGGAGGAGACCAGGUCGACACCGCAUACCGACAAGCUAUCAUCCGCCUCGAUUCUCUCCAAAGCGUCACCCGGAAACAAAUCGACGAUGCCAUCAGCGCAGCCGUGAAAGCACGGGGCGUGAGAACAUUGCAAAAGCAGCCAGCCUGGAUACCAGAAGAGGCACGGCAGAAGCUGAAGCAGAACUCGAAGGAAGAGGAGGAGGAGGAGGAGGGGGUGGAGGGGGCGGAGGGGGCGGAGAAGAACAAGAACAAGAACAAGAAGAAGUCAGAAACUUCAAGUCACGAGGAGUUUGCGGGCAAUGGCGAGAUCAAGAGGGUUGUCGAGUACUUGGUUCUGCAGAAACGGGCGAUUCGCGGAACCGAGGAGGGGUGGAAGAUUCUGGGUUUCACCGAAGAGUCUACGCCUGAGACAUUGAAGAGCGAUGAAGAGUACUGGGGCUCGCAGUUGACUGCCCAGGCUGCUAAGCAUAGUCGAGCAUGA